CAAAAAGUCGUUGAUAAAGGCAAUUUCAGCUGCACUAAGUUAAGAAUUCCCUGUUAGAAGACUUGCAUCAGCAUUGCAUUGCUAACCUCAGAUCCAUUUUGCCAAAAGAGGGUAGAACUAGAAAGAGAGUAAUAGAGUAGAAACUCUGAAGAACCAAAAACACCAAAAGGAAGAGGGAAAGGAAUUAUGGAUACAAUUUCUUCUAACUGUUCAUCACAUCAUGCAGUUCUCUUUCCUUUCAUGUCUAAAGGUCACACUAUACCGAUUCUCCACCUAGCUCGCCUCCUACUCCGUCGUGGCCUAGCCGUCACAGUCUUUACCACGCCAGGAAACCGUCCCUUCAUUGCUAAGUCUCUUGCUGACACUUCUGCCUCUAUCAUUGACAUCAAUUACCCUGAAAACAUCCCUGAAAUUCCAGCUGGUGUUGAGAGCACAGAUGCACUACCUUCCAUUUCACUCUUUGUUCCGUUCUGUGCAGCCACAAAGCUCAUGCAACAUGAGUUUGAAAGGAAGCUCCAGAGUCUGCUUCCUGUGAGUUUCGUUGUAUCAGAUGGGUUCCUUUGGUGGACUCUAGAGUCUGCAACAAAGUUUGGUUUGCCAAGGUUGAUGUUCAAUGGGAUGAGCCAGUAUGCUUCAACUGUGUCCAAAGCUGUCGCUGAAGACAGGCUUUUGUUUGGGCCUGAGUCAGAUGAUGAGUUGAUCACGGUCACUCAGUUUCCAUGGAUUAGGGUUACUAGAAAUGACUUUGAACCAAUAUUAUCCUCAAAACCUGAUCCAGAUAGUCCUCCGAUGCGGUUAUUCAUGGAUCAAGUGAUAGCAGCAGAAAACAGUAAAGGAAAGCUUGUUAAUAGCUUCUAUGAGCUGGAAAAAUAUUUUUUUGAUAGUUGCAACCUUGAGGAAAGGCUCAAGGCAUGGAGUGUUGGACCCUUAUGUCUGUCUGAACCGCCCAAGGUAGAACAUGAACAUGAACCCAAGAAGAAACCCUCUUGGAUCAAGUGGCUAGAUCAAAAGCUAGAUGAGGGAUGCUCAGUUUUGUAUGUAGCAUUCGGGUCUCAGGCAGAUAUCUCAUCAGAACAACUCAAACAAAUAGCAACUGGGCUGGAAGAAUCAAAGGUGAACUUCUUGUGGGUUGUAAGGAAGAAAGAAUCAGAAUUGGGAGAAGGGUUUGAAGAAAGGGUUAAAGAGACAGGUAUUGUGGUGAGAGAAUGGGUUGAUCAGAAAGAGAUACUGAUGCACCAAAGCGUACAAGGGUUUUUGAGUCACUGUGGAUGGAAUUCAGUGUUGGAAAGCAUAUGUGCAGGGGUACCAAUUCUUGCAUGGCCAAUGAUGGCUGAUCAGCCAUUGAAUGCAAGAAUGGUGGUAGAAGAAAUAAAGGUAGGGUUAAGAGUGGAGACUUGUGAUGGGACAGUGAAAGGUUUGGUGAAAUGGGAAGGAUUAAUGAAGAUGGUAAGGGAGUUGAUGGAAGGAGAGAUGGGGAAAGAGGUGAGGAUUAAGGUGAAAGAACUUGCAGAGUUGGCCAAGAUGGCUAUGGAGGAGAAUACUGGAUCAUCUUGGCGCACAUUAGACAUGCUCAUUAAUGAGUUCUGCAACAAUAAGUAAGAUAUCUGCAAGUAAUUUGUUUCCGAUCUCGAUGCCCUGCAAGGCUUGAAAAGAGGACCGCACGACAGUACUUGAGAGCUCUAUUCCUAGCAAACUUUCCUUGAAACUUUUUUUUUGUGUUUCAGCAUUUUCAUGAAAAAUUUCCAUGGCCAUUAAUGCAUUUCUUUUUGAUAUUAGGAUUGUAAUUCAAGUGUUAAUCUAGACACUCCAUUUACGAGAUCAUUUAUGGUAAAUUUUGUGUUCUCAGGCUGUUUUUGUAUA